UUCUGUGUGAAGACUUUUCUUUUCAUAGCCUCGGCUCAGCUAUGGAGGAGCUCGACAUACGACAACAGAAGCUGGACAACCAGCAAGCUCUGUAUAUGAAAAAGCAGCAAAAGAAGAGAGCCCACAACCAAAUGGUGGUGACCAACUGGGAUACUCGCCAAAGGAACCGAAAACACAAAGCUGAAAAGUGUGACGAGACGCCUCUGCUGAACUGUCAGUCCCUGAGCAGCACCUCUCUGAGUGAUCAAGUUGAACAUGCCCACGACAACCCGCUGGACGAGAUCACGCUGGGGGAGGGSGACGUGACGACAGCCGUGGCGGCAGAGAGGAUGUCCCAGGAGAAACCUGGUACUCCUAAGACCAUGAACUUAGAGGUCGACAGAGAGCCUGAGGAGGACCGUGAAGGAGAGAAAAGGGCCUCCAUGAAAGAAAAAAAGACAAAAGAAGUGGUGAAAAAAGAAAAAAACAAAUCCAGGUGCCAAAUAAGUGAGGAGAGCAAAGAUGAAGAAAGCCAAGAGAAGGUGAAGACGGAGGACAAGUCCAACACCACAGAUAAAACUGCUUCGAGCCUGGGAUCGCUCAACUCCAACUACAGGGAGACCUCGUCCUCUGGGAGCGAAGAYGACAGGCURUCGUCUCCAUUGUUGUUGGAGGAUCUCGAGAAGUUCGCCUUGCGUCCCGCUCCCAGACACACUACAAUCCAGUGYAGGGUGACCCGGGACAGGAGGGGCAUGGAGAAGGGCAUUUAUCCAACCUACUACCUGCACCUGGAGAAAGAUGACGGGAAGAGGGUGUUUCUGAUGGCGGGCAGAAAAAGAAAGAAGUGCAAAACCUCCAACUAUCUCAUCUCGGUUGACCCAACGAAACUAAGCAGAGAUACCAACUCGUACAUCGGAAAACUGCGGUCCAACGUUCUGGGUACAAAGUUCACAGUGUAUGACCGAGGUGAAAACCCAGAGAGAAAACCCUUCAUCCAAGAGUGCGACUCGGUGCGGCAAGAACUGGCAGCCAUCUGCUAUGAGACGAAUGUCCUGGGAUUCAAGGGUCCGAGGAAGAUGACCGUGAUCAUCCCCGGCAUGUUGGAGAACAACGAAAGAGUGUCCGUUUGUCCCCAGAACGAGCUUGAGACCCUGCUGGCCCGCCACGCCAGCGGCAACACGGAGAAGCUGGUGACCCUGGUGAACAAGUUCCCCAGCUUUAACGAACAGACYCAGUCGUACGUGCUGAACUUCCACGGCCGUGUCACGCAGGCCUCGGUGAAAAACUUCCAGAUCAUCCACCCUGACAAUGGCGAUUACAUCGUCAUGCAGUUUGGCCGUGUGGCGGAGGACGUCUUCUCCAUGGACUACAGUUUUCCCCUGUGUGCCCUGCAAGCCUUCGCCAUCACCCUCUCAUCCUUUGAUGGCAAACUGGCCUGUGAGUGACCCAUCCGGAUGUGCCGCAAGUGCUCAACAUCUCUGACUAAACAGGAAGCUCGAGCUAAAGUUAUACCCAUAAUAGGCCGCAAAGCCAUGUUUUAUGACACUUUUUACCAAGCUGUAACAACUUACUUUAUAGGUCUUGUAAUGUUUUGCUAUAUUUAUUUUUAAAUAUUUUAAAUAAAGCAAAAAGUAUUAUAGYGAUUCAUCUGUCACUGAGAUAUUAAAAAGUCAAGAAAAACUGCACAA